AAUAUUUUUAAGCAUUUCUGAUACGACUGUCACUUAUAAUUUGUAUAAUAUUAAUCAAUAGACGAGUAAAAAAAACUGUUCAAAUUAUAUUUUGUAUUGUAUGAAAAUAAUUUAGAAUGCACCUCUAAUUUCAACAUGUCAAAACAGGCAAUUCACAUUACCAAGGUCUUGCAUAAUUAGGUCUAGUGUGAUCUGAACGUGAGUCAACAUCAACUACCACAACGAGUGAAGUCAAAAUCGACAAUGCUCGACUGAGGACGCAAAAGACAAAAGAUGUUUCUCUCAUGUUGGACAAAGCUGCUGUUCACGUUACAGCACACCAGGAGGAAACUUCUGAACAACAGCACCCGCUCCUUACAACACUUGAGACAAUACACAUCUGGCAAGACUCGAAGAGUUGUAAUCACUGGCAUAGGCCUCGUGUGCCCUCUUGGAACAGGGACUGCAUUCGUGUGGGAGCGUUUAAUCAGUGGUGCAAGUGGCAUUGUUGCGCUUCAAUCGGAGGAGUACCAAACUGUCCCAUGUAAAGUGGCAGCCAUGGUACCCAAAGGAGAUGAGGAGUGGCAGUUUAAAGGGGAGAGGUUUGCCACUCGUGGGGAGAUCAACAGUAUGUCGCCAGCCACUGUGAUGGCACUUGGUGCUGCCCAGCUGGCACUGGAGGACUCUGGUUGGUAUCCCAAGAGUCUAGAGGAGCAGCUGAACACGGGUGUAGCUGUGGGCAUGGGCAUGGUGUCUCUAGAAGAGAUCGCCCGUACCUCUGCCACCUUCCAAGCUAAGGGCUACAGCAAAGUCAGUCCCUUCUUUGUCCCCCGCAUCCUGGUCAACAUGGCCGCCGGCCACAUCAGUAUCAAACACAAGUUGAAGGGUCCCAACCACGCUGUGUCCACAGCCUGCACCACGGGAGCACACGCUAUCGGGGAUGCCUCCAGGUUUAUCGCCUAUGGGGACGCCGUCGCCAUGGUUGCUGGGGGCACAGAGUCCUGCAUCGGUCCUCUGGCGAUUGCAGGCUUCGCCAGAGCACGGGCCCUGGCCACUAAGUGGAACGACAACCCCAGGUUGUCAUCGCGGCCAUUUCACCCUGAGAGAGAGGGCUUUGUGAUGGGGGAGGGGGCUUCUGUGGUCGUCCUGGAGGAGAUGGACCAUGCCAAGCAGAGGGGCGCCAGGAUCUAUGCCGAGGUGCUUGGGUACGGCUUGUCAGGGGACGCCAGCCACAUCACUGCACCCACUGCAGAUGGAGACGGAGCUUUUAGGUGCAUGUCCGCAGCCCUCCGCAACGCAGGCGUUGAUCCUGCAGAUGUGACGUACGUGAACGCACACGCUACCUCCACGCCACUGGGGGACGCUGCAGAGAAUGCUGCCAUCAAGAGACUCUUCCAGCAGCAUAGCCGCUCUCUGGCCGUCUCCUCCACCAAGGGAGCUACGGGGCAUCUCCUAGGGGCGGCAGGUGCCCUGGAGGCAUCCUUCACUGCCCUGGCAUGCUACCAUGGAGUUCUGCCACCCACACUAAACCUGGAUCACACAGAUCCAGAGUUUGACCUGAACUAUGUGCCCUGCACGGCUCAGCAGUGGAAGACGGAGGGGCGGCGGAUCGCUCUCACAAACUCUUUUGGAUUUGGUGGCACAAAUGCCUCCCUUUGUCUUGCCAGUGUGUAGAAGAAGAAGAAGAAAAAAACAAAACAUUUGAGCCCAUCCCUUGAAUGCUAAUGCAAAAUUGUUUUGAGACUUGUGGAGACCAGCAGAGGGUGCUGGCUCACUGAGAGCUGCUGUUUCACUGUGAUAAACUCUAGGUCGUAAUGUGUAAUUUCUCUGAACUUCCUCUCCACCUGGGGCAUUCACAUACACUGUAGUCAGAUUAGGUCCUUUCAUUUCACACUGCAGCCUUGAGGCAUAGGUAUUAUACUGCAGUCAGUUUCAGUUUUGCUAUCCACACUGUGCAGCUUUAAACGCAGUAAAUGAGUGUGUUCUGAUGAUUCAUUGUGUUUUGUGUGACAUAGUAAUUUAUUGUGAGUGACCUGUUGAUUUAAAAAAAUAGUACAGGUAUUAAGUGAGAUCUGAGCUAUUGAUCUGUGGAGUCAGGCCAUUUAAGUUACCAUGGUAAUAACAAUAAAUGGUCAAAAUAAAACAACAGAGUUCAGUGAUGUGAUUGGCAAGGUUAAAUGGGGAGAAAUAGUGACUCAGAAUGGAAAUGGAAGUCAUUGAGAAACAAUUUUCAAGGAGAUGGAGAAGUUAUCAUAAUCUUUCAGUAUGAGUGACCAACAAUCAGCGAUUGUCUUUCAAAGAAAAACAUCUACAGUAUUAUCCAUAGGGACACUUGUUUGCGAUUGCUCACAUAAAAUGUAAUAUUAUUUUGGGCACUAUAAUUAUCCUUGUAUUCCCCACAGGAUGUUAGAUGUUGAGUCGUGGUCUAGGACGUUGAGUAUGUAUAUACUGUAUGCAUGUGUUUGGCUUCCCUCCAAACGACUGUUAAAGUGGUUGAUGUGACAAAUAUGUCAAAUCUUGCAUGCAUAGAUUUAUUUUCCAUGUAGGUUGCUGACGCAUGUACGCCUGUUUAAUGUAGGAACUCUUGAAUACUUGUUCAGUCACGACUCUGAGGGAUAGCAGAUGCAAUGUGACACAAGUAUGAUGAAUUGAAUGGGAAAGUCUUUUUCUAAAGGCCAUUUUUAGGGAUGGUGUUUUAUUAACUCUUACGGAUGUCCUAUUCUGUUAAUGAAGAAAUGAAUAAUUAAUUCUUUUUUUUAAUUUGAAAUUAUUUGACAGGGACAAAUGAUAAUGACAUUUCAAGGGGGAGGCUGGGUGUGGAGGAGGGAUUGAAAGAGGAUAGCCCUGGAUCUGCAUGUUGAAGCUGACCUGAAACUUUAGGACUUUUUUCUGAGAUUUUCGAUGGACCCAGACUGUAAACUUCAGCUAUGUUUCAAUGUUCGAAAGCAUCUCUCUUAAGGAAAGUUAACACAGAGCCUGGGUCUGCUCUUAUAUUUUAUGUAGUCUUCUGAAUGAUUCUCGUACCAUUGGGAAACCACAUUAA